GCGCAGUCGCAGCCCCGCCCACGGUCUCGCGAGAGGCCGGGUCCGUUCCUACGUGCGGUGCCGUGCUGCUCAUGGCGGCGCUGGAGCGGGGGCGCUGAGCUGUUGGGUAUGAAGUGGAACAGAACAGAAUUCACCACCUGAAACUGCUGCUUCAAGUUCAGAUCAGGAAAAGAAUAUACCACAUCGUAACAACAACUCAAGACCAAAGAAGAGGAAACUUACACUGAAGAUACAAGGCUUGAUCUGAAACAAGAAGUUUGUGCCUACUCAACAGCUUCAAAAGAGCACGUCCCAACGCUGCUAAUAGUCUUUGUUUUCUCCAGUGCUGUACUGAAACUGCCCAGGGCAGCAGCACUUGUUUUCUCUAUUAGCUUGAUAGAUCACGUUCUCUUGCUAUCUUUUUUUCUUUCUGUCUUCCUUUCUCUCUCUCUCUCUUUUUUUUUUUUUUAAUAAUAGCAGUCUUCAUCCUUAGAAACUUGUGCUGAAACAGAAGAAUCGGCUAAUACUACUGAAAGUGCAAUAUUUGAAUAUCACUGCGAGAUGAGCUUUGAUCCAAACCUGCUCCACAACAAUGGACACAACGGGUACCCCAAUGGUACUUCGGCAGCACUGCGUGAGACUGGGGUUAUAGAAAAACUGCUGACCUCUUAUGGAUUCAUUCAGUGUUCAGAACGGCAAGCUAGACUGUUCUUCCACUGUUCACAGUACAAUGGCAACUUACAGGAGCUCAAAGUAGGAGACGACGUUGAGUUUGAAGUGUCUUCUGAUCGCCGAACUGGAAAACCCAUUGCUAUUAAAUUGGUGAAGAUAAAGCCAGAAAUAUUACCUGAAGAACGAAUAAACGGACAAGUUGUGUGCGCUGUUCCUCACAAUUUAGAGAGUAAAUCUCCAGCUGCCCCGGGUCAGAGUCCAACAGGGAGUGUAUGCUACGAACGUAAUGGGGAAGUAUUUUACCUGACUUACACCCCCGAGGACGUUGAAGGAAAUGUACAGCUGGAAACAGGAGAUAAAAUAAACUUUGUAAUUGAUACAAACAAACAUACUGGUGCUGUAAGUGCUCGUAACAUUAUGCUAUUAAAAAAGAAACAAGCCCGCUGUCAAGGAGUAGUCUGUGCCAUGAAAGAAGCCUUUGGAUUUAUUGAGAGGGGUGAUGUCGUGAAGGAGAUAUUCUUUCACUAUAGUGAAUUUAAAGGUGACCUAGAAGCCUUACAGCCUGGUGAUGAUGUGGAGUUUACAAUCAAAGACAGAAAUGGUAAAGAAGUUGCAACAGAUGUUAGACUGCUGCCUCAAGGAACUGUCAUUUUUGAAGAUAUCAGCAUUGAACAUUUUGAAGGAACUGUAACCAAAGUAAUUCCGAAAGUACCCAGCAAAAACCAGAGCGAUCCAUUACCUGGCCGCAUCAAAGUUGACUUUGUGAUUCCUAAAGAACUUCCAUUUGGAGACAAAGAUACAAAAUCCAAGGUGACCUUGCUGGAAAGCGACCACGUUCGAUUCAAUAUUUCAACUGACAGACGUGACAAACUGGAACGAGCCACCAAUAUUGAGGUUCUCCCCAAUACUUUCCAGUUUACUAAUGAAACCAGGGAAAUGGGUGUGAUUGCAGCAAUGAGAGAUGGCUUUGGCUUCAUUAAAUGUGUGGACCGGGACGCUCGCAUGUUCUUCCACUUCAGUGAAAUUAUGGAUGGAAAUCAGCUCCAUAUUUCUGAUGAAGUAGAGUUCACUGUUGUUCCUGAUAUGUUGUCUGCCCAAAGAAAUCAUGCUAUAAGGAUUAAAAAACUUCCAAAGGGCACGGUUUCUUUCCACACCCAAUCAGAUCACCGUUUUGUGGGCACUAUAGACAAAGAAGCCACUCCAGCCAAAGCCACUAGCCCAAAUAAAGGCAAAGAGAAGGAAGCUGAGGAUGGAAUAAUUGUUUAUGAUGACUGUGGAGUAAAACUGACCAUUCCUUACCAGGCCAAGGAUGUGGAAGGAUCUGCUAAUCCCCAGAUAGGAGAUAAGGUUGAGUUCAGUGUUUGUGAAGUGAAGAGAACUGGUCUGCAAACAGCUGUUUCUGUCAGAAUGCUAGGACGCAACUACAGCUCUAAGAGGCUUUUGGGAUAUGUGGCAGCCCUGAAAGAUAACUUCGGUUUUAUUGAAACAGCCAAUCAUGAUAAGGAGAUCUUUUUCCACUACAGUGAAUACUGUGGUGAUAUUGAUAACCUGGAACUUGGAGACACUGUUGAAUACAGCUUGUCAAAAGGCAAAGGAAACAAAGUUAGUGCAGAAAAAGUGAACAAAACACAUGCAGUGAAUGGUAUCACCGAAGAAGCUGAUCCAACUGUUUACUCUGGUAAAGUAAUUCGUCCUUUAAGGAGUGUAGAUCCCACACAAACUGAAUACCAGGGCAUGAUUGAAGUCAUGGAGGAUGGUGAGAUGAAAGGAGAGUUCUAUCCAUUUGGAAUCGUUGGAAUGGCAAACAAAGGUGACUGUCUGCAAAAAGGAGAGACAGUGAAGUUUCAGCUCUGUGUUCUUGGUCAAAAUGGGCAGACGAUGGCUGUUAACAUCACACCGUUCCGCAGAGCCACAGUGGAGUGUGUGAAAGAUCAGUUUGGUUUCAUUAACUAUGAAGUGGGUGACAGCAAAAAGCUCUUCUUCCAUGUCAAAGAAGUUCAGGAUGGUGUGGAGCUACAGGCUGGGGAUGAAGUGGAGUUCUCCGUAAUCCUGAACCAGCGCACAGGAAAAUGCAGUGCCUGUAACGUGUGGCGUGUCUGCGAAGGCGCUAAGGCUGUUGCUGCUCCACGUCCUGAUAGACUUGUUAAUCGUUUAAAGAGCAUUAAUAUGGAUGAUGCCAAUGCUCCUCGUCUCACAGUUCUUCGUCAGCCUAGGGGACCGGAUAACUCAAAGGGAUUUGGUGCAGAGAGAAAGAUCCGUCAAGCUGGUGUUAUAGACUGAUCCACAAAACCCAUACCUGAUGUACGACUGCGUGGUGGGGGCUGGUGAAGGGUACUGAAUAUCUCCCUAUUCAUCCCUUCCUCCAAAUUCUACAAAGCUAUUACAUCAGUUUUAACACCUUCUCAUGUUAUGUUUAAAAUAAAUUUAUGAAACCAU